AUGAAGCCUAAGCAGCCAUGCGUCCGGGAAUGGUUGGCUUCAGUGGAUUCAGAUCUGGAAGUUUACGCUGCCAAAUUUGAGGAGUUCGGCUACAAUCUCAAUUUCCUACGCGAAACAAGUGCGGAUGACUUGGAGGAAGAUCUCAAGGAGAUGCUGGUUAAAAAGGUGCAUUGCCGCGUCAUCCUCCAUCAUCAUUCUGUUCUGAAGCAGCGACCUCUGCCGGAGAGAGCGACCACGCAAGCAGAUCGAAGCCAUGAUUCAUCACAUGCGCACGGGCUUGUUCCAUGCAUCGCUGAUAUGCUGGAGAAGCGCCUGGUGCUUUCGGAGAACGUUGGCACUGGCCGUGUGGUUUUGGUGCCGAUCUGGUGCCUACGCUGGGCGCAGGCCAAGGUACAUAGCCAGAUGACUUUCACAUCAGGAGAUUACAAGGACCGAUCUGUCUAUGAGCUUUUUCAUGACCUGGCCAGCGGCCGACUGAAGCCGCAGGAUGUCGAGCCUCUGGAUGUCAUGGUGGACGGCGAUACCCUGCGCAUCAUGCGGGGCAGUCGCCGUGGGGCCAUGCUCAGCAGCCUGCAGGGCAUGUGGCGGCACACCACGGUCUUGGCACCUUGCCGGCUCUACGAACCCAAAGACCCGAGGAUUGCCAAUCGGCUCCAUGCAGUCGACAGUUCUGUGAAUGGUGUCGGGCUACAGCUGCACGGGCAUCAGCCGGAGGCGUGGCACAUGGGCAAGCCACUCUUCCGCUGUGCGCGGGAGUGGUGUGAUGGUGGCUCGGAGGAGGCUGGCGACUACUGCUCUGGCUUGACACCGCACCCUGACACUCCAGGCUUAUUCACAAAGCCUGACUAUGAAUUGAAGAAAUCUCUUGCAGAAAAGGGAGACGUCAAGGUCGGGACAACAAUGGCUUGGAGGGUCAAGGCGCCAGGGACAUCGUCCAACGAGGGCUGCAUCACACCUACCUUGCAUGGUGCCAUUGACAUGAAUUCAAGGUCUGAAGCUCAAAGUCAGGAGGCUCAGAAGCUCGUGGGCGGUCGAGGGACGGGUAAAGAUGAAGUCAAGACUUUCGUGGACGAAGCACCACCGACAACAAAGGCAUUCGUGUGCUGUUUUUGGCUUAAGGGCAAGUGUUUGCAUCUUGGGCAGCACACUCACGGAAAGAAGUUGCUCUUGCACGAAGAUGUGCCUGGACUUCAGUGCGGGUACGGGGAGAGGUGCAGUUUGGCUCAUCACAGGGCCAGGCUAGCAUCUAAGUCUCAUACCUCUGACAAGCUGUUGCCCGAGGACAGCAGCAGUUGUCGUCACUGCAGCUUCCAUCUUCGAGAAGGCAUGGUGGUCUCGGUUCAGUGUGCUAAAGGAGUGAAGUUCGGCGAGGUGUUGUCCAUCGGUGCGGGCAGCUCCGGACCAGUACAGGUCGGCUAUUAUGACGACGAAGGCGAAGUGAGUGAAUCGGAAUUGGUGCCUUUAGAUCUGUUGCAGCUUCCAGACUUUUCCUCAAUCAGCGUGGGAAUGAAUGUUCAGGUGCAGUGUGGAGAAACGAAGCAGUACUAUGCCAAAGUGCAGCAGAUUUCAUUUGAGAACGGCAAAGCUCGGGCACCCGUCCUAGUCCACUACACAGGCUACUCAGUCGAUCAUGACGAGUGGGUUGGGGCUGACCGCCUACGCACUAAAAGUCUCAGGUUUUCCCAGCCCACGCUGCCUGCACAACCCUCAGACAACCCAACGUUGAACGUCUCCACUCCAGCAAUUGCCACCUCUGAAUUGCAGAGUGGCGCGCUCGUUUAUGUCAAGCUCGAUUCCUCCAUGAUUUGUGGGGAGGUGCUCGAGAUAUCAGGAUCGUCAUCGAAGUCUGCAGCACCAGUAAAAGUGCGCUAUUAUCAUGAAGGCCAGUUCGUCGAGAAGUGGCUGUCCCUGCGGCGUUUGCAGGUUGCGGACUAUUCUUUGCUUGAGGAGGGCAUGAAUGUGCAGGUGCAGUGUGGAGAGAAACCCUAUUUUACAACUGUCCUUCAGAUAUCGCACGAUGCGCGACGAGCAAAGACACCUGUCCUGGUGCACUACAAUGGCUACGAGGAGGACGAGUGGGUUGGGGCUGACCGCCUACGCACCAAAAGUCUCAGGUUUUCCCAGCCCACGCUGCCUGCACAACCCUCAGACAACCCAACGUUGAACGUCUCCACUCCAGCAAUUGCCACCUCUGAAUUGCAGAGUGGCGCGCUCGUUUAUGUCAAGCUCGAUUCCUCCAUGAUUUGUGGGGAGGUGCUCGAGAUAUCAGGAUCGUCAUCGAAGUCUGCAGCACCAGUAAAAGUGCGCUAUUAUCAUGAAGGCCAGUUCGUCGAGAAGUGGCUGUCCCUGCGGCGUUUGCAGGUUGCGGACUAUUCUUUGCUUGAGGAGGGCAUGAAUGUGCAGGUGCAGUGUGGAGAGAAACCCUAUUUUACAACUGUCCUUCAGAUAUCGCACGAUGCGCGACGAGCAAAGACACCUGUCCUGGUGCACUACAAUGGCUACGAGGAGGACGAGUGGGUUGGGGCUGACCGCCUACGCACCAAAAGUCUCAGGUUUUCCCAGCCCACGCUGCCUGCACAACCCUCAGACAACCCAACGUUGAACGUCUCCACUCCAGCAAUUGCCACCUCUGAAUUGCAGAGUGGCGCGCUCGUUUAUGUCAAGCUCGAUUCCUCCCUGAUUUGUGGGGAGGUGCUCGAGAUAUCAGGAUCGUCAUCGAAGUCUGCAGCACCAGUAAAAGUGCGCUAUUAUCAUGAAGGCCAGUUCGUCGAGAAGUGGCUGUCCCUGCGGCGUUUGCAGGUUGCGGACUAUUCUUUGCUUGAGGAGGGCAUGAAUGUGCAGGUGCAGUGUGGAGAGAAACCCUAUUUUACAACUGUCCUUCAGAUAUCGCACGAUGCGCGACGAGCGAAGACGCCUGUCUUGGUGCACUACAAUGGCUAUGCCUCUGAAGAGGACGAGUGGGUUGGGGCUGACCGCCUACGCACCAAAAGUCUCAGGUUUUCCCAGCCCACGCUGCCGUCGUGUUUCCAGCCUUGCGCAGAUACGGGGCGCACAUCGACCGCCCAAGCGGGUCUGGAAAAGAUACCAUCGUCAAUUGACCACGCUGCAGAGUCAUCCCAGUGCCACUCUGCUUCCCGCCAUGUUGCUCUGCCAUGGGACGAGCCGGAGGGCUCGGAUGAUGAGGAUGCUGCCCGCGGGCUCGACUUGGCUUUGGCGGCGGUAGAGGCUACGGCAGAGAGCCCGCCACCGUCGCGCAAGAAGGGCUUGGAGAAGGCGCUCCAAGGCGCGACGGGCACGGCGCAUGUCCGCAAGGUGCUGGCUGAGCACGGAUGGACCGGUACGGAGUUCCUGGAGGCUCCAGACUUGAAUGCCCUGAAGCAGCAGCUGUCACUAGCCAAAAUGAACCUGCACGAGUCGGAGAGCCACGCCAGCCGGAGUGAUCUGUCAGAUGACUUGGUGGACCCGCUCUUCAACGACGUGGCCUCCUCUUGUGCUGCGCCUGAGAACCAGGAGCCCGAGCUCGAGGCGGAGCUGGAUGGGCAGCCGAGCAACAUCCCGACCUUGGACAAGCUGAUGGGAACCUUGGUCUACGGGACCUUUCGCUGCGUGUCCGGGGCUGCUGACGGGCAGCAGAAGCGUUGCGGAGAGGUGCUUGUGGAGCGCGGCCCGGCUUGCCUGAGCCGCUGUAAGGUGCACAUCCUCACGGGCAAGAAUCGGGGUCAAGCUUGGGAUUUCGACCGCUGUCACGUUCGGAUUCUCUUCGCCCGGGUUUUCUCGCCGGACGGGCACGUUCGCCGGAAGCCGGCAGCAGACUCGGCUGGGGCCUGCUGCGGAGGGUUGGACCUGGACAGGACGGAGCUCUUCGGCCGUAUCUUGCUUUCGAAGGAGUUCGGGGUGACCAGGCAGAAGCUGUACGUGUGCUCGAAGUCCAAGGUCGUGCGCUCCAAGAAGGUCUUGUCCUUUCACCCCAUCAACGGGAAGCUGCCCGCCAUACAGGUUCCCUGGGAUGAGGCCUUGCGCGUGCCCAGCAACCACGACCUACACGUGGUCGAAGUGAGCGAGUGGAGUCGGGAUUGCCGGCCGCGGGGGCGGUACAUCCAGGCUCUGGGGAUGCAAUCCCGCAACACCGAUGUGGCCAUCCUGGAGCCCGUGCAGAUCUCUCUCAACUUCUGCGACUGGAAGCGGGGGGAUGCCAGGAGAGCUUCGGGCCUCUUCCCUGCGGGGCAUCUUCCGCGUCCCGAUGCCUCGGGCAGGGAAGACCUCCGAGGGCCUCUGAUGGUGGGCGUGCAACAUUCAGGCCUGCCCACCAGCUUGGUGAUGUCCUUUCUGCCUGGCAAGGGUGUUCAGAUGCACGUCCUGGAUGUCAAUGCGUACCUGGACCAGCAGGAGCUGGAGACAGUGGAGGAGGUGGUUCGCCGGCGCGCGGUCGGAGCUUGGUUCUUCGAUCACAAGGAUGCUUCUCUGGAUGCUUGCCUUCCCUUGUUCCCACCGGACAUCGAGCAGCAGCUGAGCUUCCAGGAAGGCUCCGAGCGCCUUGCCAUCACCUUCACCUUCCCCUUUGCGGCGCAGGAUCUCGACUUGGAGAACGUGGCCAUCUCCGAGACCAUCGUGCGGUGUGACGCUCUGCUGGCUCCGGAAGAGGCUGGCUCCAUGCUGCUGGGCAAGAGUAGCGGCGGCGAAGUGGGCGACUUGCUGCGGCGUCUGGCAUACCAGGCCAGGAGGUUCGAGCAGGCGGAGCUGUCUUGUGGCAGCCUGGCCGCUCUCGAGCACCUGGACAUCGACUUUGCGGCCGAGGUCUCUGACAUCGAUGACGGCGUCUACGCCCCAAUUGCGGCCAGCCGCUUCCUGCGGACCUGCAUGCAUUUGGUCGACCGGCAAGUCGGGAAACGCCUGCGCGGCAGCCUUGCGUGGCACGGGCGGCCCGACCCGUCCACCUGGAAGGUCAUCGAGCGGCUCCUGCGCGUGAAGCCCGAAGAGCGGAGCAAGCCCAUUUCCGUGCCCAUCAUCCUCCAGGCGCUGCGGGAAAUCCUGCGGCAGCCGGAACUUUCCUAUGCCGUCCGGCAGGGCUUCCAGUCGUCGUUCCUUCGCCGCCUGCGCGUGGUCCUCCCCCGUGCCUAUUAUGAGGUCACGGAGGAAGGCGCCGGAUGCGAGGACCCGCCGAUCUUCCACGCGACGGCCCCGCUGCAGCGGCACCUGGACAUCCUCGGCAUGCGGGCACUGAAGUGCCAGCUGGGAUGGAGGGCCUCUUGCGAUCACCUGCGCCUCACGCGCCGCGAGUUGGCGGAGGCAGUUGCCAGAGCAAACGCCCGCUUGGAGUCGCAGAAAUUCGGCCUCUACAUCUUCAGGACCAUCUGCCGCAUGAGGGAGCUCUCCGACCACAGCCAUCGCAUCUUCGAUGCCGUCGUCGGUGCCGUCGGGCCGACCUACAUCAACGUCCUGAUCCCUUCUCCCAGCCUCGACGUGCUUGAGCUGAAAGUGCCCGUCGACGCGCUCUGCAGUUCGACCUGUGUGUCAGAGUACGAUGCCACCACGCAGUCCAUCAAGCUAACUAUGUCCCACAGCUCGCAUGCCGGAGACGUCCGGCUGCUUCACAUUCGGUCCUGGCACGGCCACAUGCUCACCUGCACCAUCUCAAGGAACUUCGCCCAGCCCAUCCCUCACCAUGCCAGCCCCAGCUCCAUCGUGAUCAGCGAGCUGACUUUCCACGAGGACCUGGAAACUGAGAUCUCGUUUGCGGUGGGCCAGAAAAUGUUCCCCGAGAUGUUCUCAUCCUGGCCGGACCUCAGCGACUGGGCCAGCUUAGAUCGCCGCGUGGAGACCUACUCCAAGCUCUGGGCCCGGGUCAAGUCCUGCCAGGUGCAUGCUGCGGCGGUUUCAGGCGCUGCCUACACGCCCUUGGCGGACGUUUGGGGCCUGGAGUGGUGGACGGAGAGCCGCAAGUGCUACUUCCAGUGUCAGGUUGACGUCCAGCUGUCGGAGUAUCAGUGGCUCCAGCCAGGAGACCUGGCGGUCCUCAGCUGCGAGCGGGGCGACGCGGUGGUCGUCCUCCAGGGCUGCCUGCAGAAGGCCAGGGAGGGGCGGAACCCACCGGGACAGCUCCGCGUUGCCGGGCAGCGGCAGCAGCGCUUCAGCGUGGAGGUGGAGCUGUCCGAGAUUGCCCAGCUCGCCCGGGACAGCCAGGAAGCCACUGUAGUGGCCGCGACAGCUUUCCGCAUUUACUUCAUCCUUGUGCCGGCGAACGAGAAGAAGAGCAUCCACCUGCUGCAAGCACUCCCGAGCUCGCCGCCGCUGCAGGGCAUGCGCCUCACCAUGCCCCGCACUCCCAGGCAGCAGCAGUGGGCCACGGAGCUGCGACCGCUGGCCACAAGGGAGCAGGUCUUCGGGGCCUUGCGCGACUCCGCGAGCAAGGUGCAAAAUGGGAGUAACCUCAACGAACGCCAGACGACGGCCCUCCAGCGCGGGCUCCAGCGCCCCUUCUCCAUGGUCCAGGGCCCUCCGGGGACGGGCAAAACCUCCUUCCUGGUGCAGUUCAUCGUGGCGGCACUCUCCGUGCGCAGCCCGUGGGCCAGACCCGAUCUGGGCCGGAUCCUGGUCUGCGCGCCUUCCAACCAUGCGGCAGACCACCUCUUAGACCGCUUGAUCAGCGACACGGACGUUCCAGCCCAUCUGAUCACGCGCGUCUACUCCCGGUUCAUCGAGAGGGCCUACGGAAGCCAGUACAAAGGAGGCGCUUCGAGGAUGGAGCGGUCCUUCGAGAUCCAGCCGCACCUGGAAGAGCACGCGCUGCACUUCAAGGUCAACGACACGAGCCAGUUGAGGAUGUCGCCCUCUCCUGCGCAGAAUCAGAAGGCCUACAACAAGGGCUACGAGGAGGCGGAGGUGAGGGUUCUGUGCCAGAGCAAGAUCGUGAUCACCACUUGUGCGAAUGCCUACCUGCACACAGCCCUGAUGCAAGGGGACCCGUUGUUCGACACCAUCGUCGUGGACGAGGCGGCCCAAGCCCCCGAGCCCGACGUGGUGCUGCCGUCGACCUGCGCCACGACGCGCGUGGUGGUGGUAGGAGAUCACAAGCAGCUGGGCCCCGUCGUGCCCGAGCGGAACCUGUGCGCGCCUUACGUCAGCAUUCUGGAGACGCCCUUCCUCGAGCGCAUGCUCAAGAAUCCGCGCCGUUGGGAGGCCAGCACGAUGCUGAACAUGCAGUACCGCAUGCACCCGUCCAUCCGGAGCUUCCCAUCCUCACAGUUCUACGACUCCAAGCUUGAGGACCGCGUCUCCAUCCCCCACCGGCCGGAGCUGAAUCGCAUCUGGCCACAAGAGAACGAGCACCGGCGAUUCAUCGAUUGCCAGACACCUCAGUCGCUGGGCCUGUCGCCGGAGCUCAACCGAGCUUGCGAUGCAGCCCUGAUGGAGAACAAGACCUCGCUCAAGAACGUUGGAGAGGCCAGGGUGGCCGUGGCGCUCUGCUCCUUACUUCUUGGCCAAGGCCGAUGCUCCGCGAAGGACAUCGCCAUCAUCACGCCCUACCGAGCGCAGCAGUAUGAGAUCCGGGGCAGGCUGCAGCGCGACAUCGGUGAAGGUUCGAAGAGCAUCCUGGUUGGCACCGUGCACUCCCUGCAGGGCUCCGAGCGCGACUUCAUCAUCAUCAGCUUCGUGCGCAGCGUCGCAGACGAUGUGCAGGACGUGGCCCCACCUAUUCAGGCCGCCUCGCUCGGCGAUUCGCUGGCCCUGCAGGAGAUGCGGAGGACGAGCCUCGGAAUCUUGACCGACAGCAUCUCGGCCAAGAUUUGCAAGCUCCUCAACGUGGCUUUGACCCGUGCAAAGUAUGGUCUGGUCUGCAUUGGCAACGCAGAAAUCCUCAGCAAUGGAUCUAAGGACUCGGUGCUCUUGGGAUCUGGGGUGAGGGUUUCGGGUUUUAGGGGCUUGAAGACAUUGGCCUCUUGUUCCUGCCUGGAAGUAUGUGCUUUGAAAGCCGUGCACUGGCUGCCUUCAUAG